GAAGCCGGCCGGAGGAAGUGACGUAUUUCAGCGUCAGCCUCUUCCGCUCUCUUUUCGUUGAGGCUCAGCUAGAGGCCGGCCUGCAAACAUGCAGAUCUUCGUGAAGACAUUGACGGGGAAGACCAUCACCCUUGAGGUUGAGCCCAGCGACACUAUCGAAAAUGUCAAGGCAAAGAUCCAGGACAAGGAAGGAAUUCCCCCUGAUCAGCAGCGUCUGAUUUUCGCCGGCAAACAGCUGGAGGAUGGACGCACACUGUCGGACUACAACAUCCAGAAAGAGUCCACUCUGCAUCUGGUUCUGCGUCUGCGUGGUGGCAUCAUCGAGCCUUCACUCAGACAGCUGGCCCAGAAGUACAACUGCGACAAGAUGAUCUGCCGCAAGUGCUAUGCCCGUCUGCAUCCCCGUGCCGUCAACUGCCGCAAGAAGAAGUGUGGACACACCAACAACCUUCGCCCCAAGAAGAAGCUGAAGUAGAUAUUUCAACUGAAUUGGCUCUUAGUGCCAUUUUGUGUUAAAAUAAAUGUAAGAAAACAAU